CCCCGACUCACGCACAGCAACCCUAGCGAGCGGCGGCUGGAGGCACGGGCGACGGCGGCUGGAGGCGCGGGCGACGCGGCGGGGCCCAAGGCGGCGGGAGGCGGGCGCCGCGGCUCACGGUUGUUCGCUCGCUCGCGCCGCUGGGCGCGACGUGGCGGGGCCCAAGGCGGCGGGAGGCGGGCGCCGCGGCCUGCGGCGACUGGAGCUGCGCGGCACGGCAGUGGCCCACGGCGGAGGGGAGCAGGCUCCCGGCUGUUGGCUCGCGCUGCUGCGGCUGCUGAAACAUCCAUGGAGUCGCCAACCCCCAAGUCGCCGUACGAGUUGGAGCCAACGAAUAUUUUUAGCUUAGACCUAGUUCUUCAAGGGUUUCUAUUGAAGGAACUGAGCAGUAGGAAAUCAUAUGUGAAAGGGAAAACAAUUAGAUGGAACGUAGACUCGGAGGAUUUCACAAUUGAUGUGCUAAUGGAUGGCUUAGGUGCUGAGCUGAGAGUUGGCAGGAAUCAGAGUGUUACUGUGUGGUAUUUUGACAUGAUAAUGGCGCAAGAUGUUAGACUAACUCAUAAGGAUCAACUUCAUGUGAUGUUUGACAUGUACAGAGCAGAGAAGAAGCUUACAUUGGCUGUUGUUGUGCUUGAUAACUCUGAUUCUGAAACUCCUGUACCCGUCGUUGACAAUGUUGUUCAUGUGCCUGAAGCAACUAUUUCUGACAAUGAUGUGCUGCUGAUGGAUACGCAAGAUUGUCCUUUACCAUCUCAUGCAAACACACCAUUAAAGCAAUCUGCACAAGUAGAGCCAUCUGCCCAGAAUGUAGAAACUGACCCAUUUGACAUGGUUGAGGAGUACGUAGGGGUAGAUGAUGAGUACAUGUAUAUUGUUGAGCCAUUUGCCCUUGUCCCAACAGCAUCUGUUGAGCAGGGCAGCAACAUUCAUAAGAAAGAGGAUGAUGGCGCUGAUGUAUUUGUGCACCACGAGGAGGAAGAAGUGGUUGAUAUUGAUCCUGCAGGCUAUACUGUGGUGCAUGACAUUGAGAACCCAGACAUCAGGGUUGGGGCUCUCUUUCCUGACAUUGUGACUUUCAGAAAAGCUAUAAGGCAACGUGCUAUUUUAGUUGGGUUUAAGUUGGCUAAAAUCAAAACGGACAAAACUAGGUUCAUUGCUGAGGUGCACAUGGGCCAUGUCCAUGGCGCAUACAUGCAUCCACAUUGCAAGAUGGUAGAACAGUCAUGAUAAAAACGCUUCCAUUUGAGCACAACUGUCCAACUACAAAAUUAUCAAUUUGCAAAAUGGCUUCACAAGGAUGGAUUGCAGAUAAGAUUGGGGAUUGGGUGAAGAAAAAUCCUGGUGUUGGUGCAAAAGACGCCAAAGGGAAGUUGGAAGAUGAGUUCAACAUCAAGCUGAAAUACAACAAGGCUUGGUACGGUAUGAAGGUAGCCCUUGAUCAAAUCCAUGGUAGUUAUGAAAAUUGUUUUCCAUUGCUUUUUAACUGGAAAGCUGAGAUAGAACAUAAAUGCCCAGGGAGUAUUGUAGAGAUAGAGCUCCUAAAAAAUGGAGAUAAAUACCAUUUUAACAUAAUGUUUGUUGCAUUCAAGCCUUGCAUCGAUGGUUUCUUAGCUGGUUGUAGGCCUUAUGUUGGUGUGGACUCAACAGCACUUUAUGGCAAGUUUAAGGGCCAGUUAGCAUCAGCAACUGCUGUAGAUGGGCACAACUGGCUAUAUUAUGUAGCAUUUGCUGUGUUUGAUUCUGAAACCGGUGAAAACUGGAAAUGGUUCAUGAAACAAUUGCAUAGAGCUAUAGGUUCCCCACCUGGUCUUGUUAUUUCUAGUGAUGCAUGCAAAGGAUUAGAGACUGCCAUUGACCUUGUCUUUCCUAAUUGUGAAAACCGAGAGUGCAUGAGGCACUUGUAUGCAAAUUUUAUGAAGAAAUUCCAUGGUAAAGUGUACACAUAUAAUCUUUAUCCAGUUGCACGGCCUUUCUCACAUCGAAAGUUUAUGCAUCAUAUGAAGAAAAUCCAGGAUGCAAAUCCAGCGGCUAUUGAAUAUCUAGAUAUUCAUCACAAUAGGUUGUGGUAUAGAUGUGGUUUUGGAGAGGCCAGUAAGGUUGAUUAUUUGACAAACAACAUAUCCGAGAGUUUCAACAAGCAAAUAAAAGACUUCAAAGGGCUCAAUGUCCUGAACCUUUUUGACAAAAUUAGGGAGAUCAUCACAGAGAAGUUCUAUAUUAGAGGACAAGUAAGUAAGCAGCUAAAGGGUAGGAUUCUUCCUCAUGUCAUUAAGCAGCUAAAUGCUCUCAGCAAAACCAUUGGUCGAAACAAGAUUCUUUGGACCAUUGAACAUGAGGCAGAAGUCACGUUGUUGGAUCUCAAAUUUAUCAAAAGACACAUUGUCAACUUGAAAGAUAGAACAUGUACUUGUAGAGUUUGGCAAGUUUCAGGAAAGCCAUGCAUGCAUGCACUGGCCUUCAUUUGUAGCAUCAAUGGUGCUGAGAUUCAAACAUAUGUGGAUGAUUACUAUUCUGUGGAUAAGUUCAAGGCAGCGUGUGCUGGGAAUAUCCCUUCCAUGACAGAUAAGUCACAGUGGAUCCAAGUGGAUUUGGGUGUCAAGGUCCACCCUCCUUUGCAGCAAACAGUGGCUGGUAGGCCACGAGUUCAGAGAAUUAGAGGAUGGCUAGAGCCUGGAAGGAAAAUAGUCAAGUGUAAGAGGUGUGGUGAACCUGGGCACAUGCAGAAGACAUGCAAGGUUCCUAAUCCUGAAUAUAUGGCGGUAGAUGAUGAUAUACCUAUAGAGGAUCCAUCUACACCUACAAACAAAAGGAAGAAAUGUGGUGAAACAACGGCUACAACAGAUGGUGAUGCAACAGAUGAUGAAGUCCUUAUUAAUCUUAUAAGGAAAAGGGCCAGAACAACUCCACAGAAGCCGAAGGCACCUGAAAAGGUCAAUGCACCAGCCAAGAAGAAGACACCUGUGAAGAUAGCUGCGGUAGAAGAGAAGACCAAGAAAAAGACUCCUGUGAAGAAAGCUACAACACAACAGAAAACCAAAAAGAAGACCCCCGUGAAGAAAGUUGCAUCACAAGAGAAAGCCAAGAAGAAGACAUCUAAAGGGAAGAAAGUCAAGAAGAAUGUUCCAUUUGCGCCGGUUAUACCUCCACCUCCACCUCCACCUCCAGAAGGGCAGCCUACAAAUGGUGCAAAAAGAAGCCUUCUUUAUUGGCUUGGUGGCUAGCGGCUGCCGAAAUUAAGUCGUGCUUGUGAACCUGUUUAUGUGAACCUAUUUACUCUACUAAAUCGUGCUUGUGAACCUAUUUACUCAAUUAAAUCUUGCUUGUGAACCUGUUUAUGAAUCGAUAUGAAUUGUGCUUGUUAA